ACAAAUAUAUAGAUAUGGAAGUGCCGAAGUUAUGUAAAGCAGGAGGAAUGUGUAAAAUGGGCAAGUGUCCUCAAAUGCCGGCCGCGCGAAAGUGCUGCUUCUGCGUGCCGAUCAGAAGAGGUGUUACCAUUUUCGGAUAUGUUAAUUUGGUGCUGUCGCUCCUGUCAUUUCCCCUGCUGGUGUUUCUUCUAGUGGAGCACAUGGCGACAGGCACGGCGGUGGAUGACACCCACAUAGACCCGCUGGUGCAUCUGCCGCUGACCAUUGCUUUUGUCGUCAUCGACGUUUCCAUGACCAUCGUGCUGCUCAUUGGCGCUCACCAGAAGAAACGAGUAUUACUGCAGGUUUACCUGUACUUCGGCGUGGUGUUCCAGCUGCUCACGCUGAUCUUCGACUUGGCGUAUUUUGAUUAUCGCGAGUACGUCGAGAAUACCGUCUACUUCUUAUUUCUCAGUCUAAACAUCUACCUGCUGUUCUUGGUGUACAGCACAAUACAUCUAGUGGAAGAGACCACUGAAGUCCAGUACGUGGUGUACCAGAACCAGCCGCAACAUGUCUGACGUCAUCGCUCCACUCGACACUCGCAGUACGGGACUGAUUUAGUGCAUUCGUGUGAUUUGGCAAUUACGGCUAUAACGAAAUGAUAAUUGGCUAAUGGCCAUUGCAGUUGCAGACUUUUACCACAUUAAAAUAAACCAAUGAAAGCGCAAACAAAACGAACAAGCUUGUUUGAUUGGUUGAUAAUCAUGUAACACGAUUUUUGUUUCUGAGUUAUCAAUAUCAUGACAAAUCUUUAUUUCCCUGCAAAAACGUUUGUAGUAAAGACAACAAAAGUCUUAGUACAGCAAAAGAGCUCCUCGUGUAAGAUACCG